AAACUAUUAUCGAUCUGGUCAAAUUUCGGCUGUCCGCCGUCGGCCCAAAUCUUAAGACGGUCCAAGCGCCGUGCCUUCCGUCCCGUCGCCACCUACCAGAUAAUUUCCGAACGAAUCGGGAGCUGUCCGCAGUUUGCCAGUUCAAUCGACCGUCAACUCAGUCUUCCCUUUCCGCCGGAUCUGGGUCACGAUGGCGGUGGAGCCGAAGAUUGCCCCGUCGAUGCUGUCGUCGGACUUCGCGAAUCUGGCAUCGGAGGCCGAGCGGAUGAUCCAGUUGGGAGCCGAUUGGCUCCACAUGGACAUUAUGGAUGGGCAUUUUGUUCCCAACUUAACAAUAGGAACUCCAGUGAUUGAGAGUUUGCGAAAGCACACAAAGGCAUAUCUAGACUGCCAUCUUAUGGUUACAAAUCCACUGGAUUAUGUAGAACCAUUAGCAAAAGCUGGUGCCUCAGGCUUUACAUUUCAUGUUGAAGUGACAAAAGAGUAUUGGCAACAACUUGUGAACCAAAUAAAGACGAAAGGCAUGCGACCUGGUGUAGCUUUAAAGCCAGGAACUCCUAUUGAAGAAGUAUAUCCACUGGUGGAGGGUGAAAAUCCUGUAGAGAUGGUCCUAGUCAUGACUGUUGAACCUGGAUUUGGUGGUCAAAAGUUCAUGCCUGAAACGAUGGAUAAAGUACGUACAUUGAGAAAGAAGUACCCUACCCUAGAUAUAGAGGUGAUCCCACUUCCCAUUGCAAAGUUUGACCCACCAGAUCUUCCCUUGAAGCUUUAGGUUGAUGGUUGCUCAAGACUCUUGGCUUGGGUCUGUUGAUUCUCUGAGUGUGAAACUUGCAUCAUGUGCCCUUCAUUCACCCGCCUGAUUGGAUGGCAAAGCAUUAGCCUAGAGCCACUCUCUUGGCAUCAUGAUACUUUGAUUCGCCAAUCUCAUUGCUCUUCUUGGGCAGGCCUGUACGAGUUGCAGGCUUUGAUCUACUUGUAGUGCAGCAUUCCUCCUUUUUUGUUGUGCCUCUUGAGUCAGUCAAGGCAUUUAUUUUGUUCUAUCAGUCAGUUUGAUGCCUCCAAACA